AUGCUGGCAUCCGUGUACACGCAACACAAGACGAACUACGAUUGUGCAAGGACCUUAACCAAGACAGCGAGAACGAAUCAAAGCGACAUUCUCAAACAGAAACUUGCUGGAUAUCCCAAGAAGAAGACAAAUGCAACCAUCCUGAAGCAGACCCCUUCUACGAAGAGCGGCAAGAGCUCAAAGAGGGACUUCAAGGAGAUCCACCAGUGUAAAUCCAAUCAUCCCGGAUGCAAGGAUGUAGCGAUUGUGUCACCCUCCAUUCAACGUCUGGAUGGCUCUUACUUCAGGGUCUCUUGGGCCCCCUGUGGUUUGGAAUUCGCCCGGGAGUACAUCAGGAAUCGCGCAGCCGACCCGGAUAUCGCGGACCUUAUUAAUAAUGAUCGAGUGGCCGAGCCUCCAAGAGGAAGGUCGCGGCAGGCCAAGCCCGUGCCACCAGAGCGGGCACACAUGUCGGCCGGCGGCGGCACUGACAUGAUGUACGAUGUCGGAGACCCCGACGAUCCCUACGCCGGCGAGAACAUUGAGAUGGGACCUGUCCCGACAGCGUUUCCUGAAGACGACAUGGUCUACGACUUGCCCGUACCACCGGAGGCAUACAGGUCCCGCCGCCGUAAGAAGGGGAAGAAGGCGAACACGGUACCUGGUCCGUUCGGUAGACCUGUUCCGGCGCCAGGCCAGGGCGGCAUGAUGUACGAUGAUCCCGAUGAUCCAUACGGCGGCGAGUUCGCUGGUGUCCAAGGUAUAUAUUACAUGGGAGAGGGCAUGGACUACCCUGGAGAGAGCAGCGGCAUGGGACAUGCUGCUACUGGUGCAUACGGAGACAACUCACACGAUUCCUCGACCAGGAGCACCGCUGCCCCGCGGUCCAAACCCCCUCGCGCCAAAUGGGUAGCAAACCGGCACGAGAACUUCUACCGCGGGGACGAGUUUGAGGAUGGUAGGUUUGUCGACCCUUUCGGGGUCGAGGUUGCUCAGGAAGAGAGGGCACCACCGCGGACUUCCACGAGUUACACAGCGACCACCGAUAACUAUGACACGAUACUACACUACUCCAUGGACUACAGGACUCUCUGA